AUGUGUGUAUAUAUAGUGUAGUAUAGCAAAAACAUACAUCACUUGCAUUUUAAACGUUCGACUUGUAAAAAAGUGCAGAAGUUUUCCAGAAUAUUGUUUUUCGGAUAAACGAAAUCGUAAGAACGUUUGCCAAAGGAAAAUAAAAACGAUUUAUUGUAAUUUGUUGAACGCGUUCGGAAGUUUCAAUAGCUCCAACGAGUGACGGUAAUUGGUUCGCCGAAAAUAGAGUGAAGAAAAUACAUACAAAAUGCCGAAGUAUUAUUGUGAUUAUUGUGACACAUAUUUGACACACGAUUCGCCAAGUGUGCGUAAAACACAUUGUAUUGGACGCAAACAUAGAGACAAUGUUAAAUUUUACUAUCAAAAAUGGAUGGAAGAACAGGCACAACAUUUGAUUGAUGCCACAACCGCUGCAUUCAAAGCCGGCAAAAUUGCACAAAAUCCAUUCUCAAAUCCACCUCCGAAUAUGACGGCGGUUCCACCUCCGACUGGAUUUGGACCACCACGCAUGAUGCCACCACCCGGUAUGCCACCAAUGAUGCCGCCCGGUAUGAUGCCACCAGGAAUGCGACCGGGAAUGCCUGGCGCGAUGCCAGGUGGACCGAUGAGAAUGCCACUCACUGGGAUGCGACCACCAAUGAUGGCCGCACCACCACCACAACUCAAUCAAGGUCCACCAAAUGAUGAAUCAUAAAUCAAUCAUUAUAAAUCAACGGAAUGCAAAAGAUUUAGGUUUAAAUCACGAUUUUCAUUUGGAAAUUCACCAACUGAAUAGAUUAUAUUUUUAAAGUAAUGUACUACUCGAUUUAUGACAAGAAAAUAAAUAUGAAAAUCACAAAAGA